AUGCGCUUUCCCGAUAUUCCACGCUCAACUAUUCAGUAUACUCUUACCCAAGAGAAAAAUCGUCAAAAACAAGAGAGCCUACCACGCUCAGGCGCCCCAAAGAAGCUCACCGAAGAUGAUCGUGACCAUAUAUACGAGACUAUACAAGAAAACCCAUCAAUAUUAAUCAAAGACCUACUUGCAGAGGUUGAUUUUAAGGUCCAUCGUAUGUCAAUUUGGCGUUUAACCCAUGAAAUGGGCCUUCGAAAAUGGAGGAAGAUGCAAAGGCCUUCCUUAACACCUUUACAUGCGGAAAAACGCCUACGAUGGGCCCGACAAUACCAACAUUUUACACCUUCAGAUUGGGCCCGUGUCUAUUGGUCAGAUGAAUGUACAAUUGAGCGUGGAAUUGGCCAGCGUCAAGAAUGGAGCUUUAUACGCCCAAAAGACCAGCUUUUUCAGCAUCCACAAGAAGGGUCUCAGAUCCAAAUGAUUCCAGCACGAGGAAAGCAAAUUAAACAGAUGUUUUGGGCUGCUUUUUCUGGUCAACCACGUCGAUCUGGUCUUAUUCCACUUUUUGGAGAUCCUACAUCUCAACGGGGUGGUGUCUCUUCUCGUACGAUUGAAGAGCUUUAUAGGUGUGUUUUACCUACCCUUCUUAAUAGCCUUGAUCAUGAUGCUAUCUUUCAACAAGAUAAUGCACCAGUACACACAGCUUGGAUUGUACGGAACACUCUUGAUGACCUAAACUGCGAUAUUAUGGAAUGGCCUCCCUAUUCACCUGAUUUAAAUCCAAUUGAGAACCUAUGGGCUUUACUAAAGGCUGAAAUAUUGAAGCGUUACCCUGAGCUUAUGCACCUACCAAAUAACACAUCUACAUUAGAUCUAUUGGUUAAAGCUGCGCAGGAAGCAUGGGAAGCGUUAGAUAUUGAGAUCUUUAAGCACCUAUCAGACACUAUGCCCCAUAGAGUGGCAGAUGUUAUCAAGUAUGAGGGCUGGCAUACUAGCUAUUGA